AUGCCGUUCUGGGGUCUCCGGUUCAUGAGAUCCACACCCAACCUUCAGCUCAGCAGCAGGCGGUGUAUUUUAACACUUCGCGCCUCCAACUUCCCAGAGAUAUUCGACAGAAGACCAAGCACUGCCGACGCAGCAUUUGCAGGGGAUCCGCUUUGUCAGCUGGAGGCGUCCAGACGCGGGAAAGUCAUCCAGAAACUUCUGAGAGACAAUUCUGCGAUCUUCUCUCCAUCGGGCACAUCGUCAGAAGCGCCGCGUGGACUACGCGUGAACGGUCAAAGAAGAGCGAGGCAUCAGAGUGAGUUUGAUUGGUCGCUUAAUGGAAGGCGCAUGGAGUGUAAGAGCACCCGUCUCGCAUGGGAUCCUUCGCAAAGCCGUUGGUUUGCCAGAUGGAGAGCUAUCAAGUUUCGUAAGGAGGACAGCAACAGCGCAUGUUCCUUCGACGACUUAAUUUUGGUUUUGCAUUCCCCAUUUAGGUUGGACAUUAUCAUGCACGACUUCAACGCUUUUGUCAAUACACAGGGUGAUCGCACGCCAACGAUUGGACACACUGUUUGUUGCAGAGCUUCAGCCGCAUCAACUGAUGCGCUCCAUGCUUCAGAAAGUAUCAUCCAGAAGCUGAUUCAGCACCCGGGUUCAUGCCACCACAUCGCAUCGUUUAGAACCGACGCAGAGCCAGUGACAGGUGCUGUGACGGACGAACUUAGCACAUCGAGUUAUGCGAAGUCGUGGGGCCACUAUAGGAAUGCCCCUCUAGCCGAGCUCUCCGCAGCUUCAAGGGGCCUUCUCCUGCAGGACCUGGCCUACAGGAUUGACCAGAUGCUCCAUCCGUCCAGUGCAUUCGCACUCAGCCCGGAAAGCGAGGAACGAGGAAUAAGACGAGGAAGUGCGGACUGGUGCCGAGAUGGCCGCCUAGUCGAGUUCAAGAGCUCGAAGAUAUCUUGGGUAGAUUCGGCGCAAGCCUGGAGGAUUCGAUUCUGUUGCAUCAAGGACACCUUGCACCGCCCCGAUGGCUUUUCGCCUUUCGACGAACUCUGGCUUGGAAUAUACAGUCCUGGGGCCUUCUACUUAGUUCAUCACCGUGGAGAUUUUGCGAAGACCAGCAAUGGAGUAGCAACUGCGUGUCUCGGGCGUGCAAUUGUGCUCUCCACUCCCUCUCAUGGUGCUGAUAUCUCCUUAGCUGCAAAGUGCUUGUUGGCGAAAUUCGAGUCAAACGGCUGCAAGCUUCUUGCACAAGUGGUGUGGUGA